CCCCAGCCCCAGGCAGCAUCUGUCACCAUGGCAGAAAGUGGUGUGGGAGCAGCGUGUGGGUCCCUGGGGAAGGCCCAGCUGGACCUGACUGUGUGUUCUGUGCACGCAGUGUCCCAAGGCUGUGCGGGAACCUCGUGAGGAAAGUGAGGCACAGAAGGGGAAACGCCUUCUCCAGGCCACAGCUCCCGGUGGCAGAGCUCUCUUCGAGCCCAGCACGUUGACUCCGGAGGCCAGAGGGGGCCGGGGACGUGACCCCAAGGGAAGGCCAACCCGAGUUCCGGGGGCAGCUGCCUCUUUCGGGAGCCGUUGUGGGCAGGGGUCCCCUGCCCACCAGCACCCCAGGAACGACAGGCAGGCACCCGCCUGCUCACCCCGCCCUGCCCUCAAAGCUCUCAGUCCCUGAGUCCCUGCCCUCUCCAAAGGAAGCCCCCCAGUCCUGGACACGAGGCCCAGCCAGCCAUGAAGCCUGGGGAGGAUGACCCCCUGCUCCAGGCCUUGGCGGUCUCAAGGAUGGGAUUUUAAGCCCCCUUUCAUAGAGCAGGUGGACGAUGGAGCGAAGCCUGACCGUGGGCGCUCCUGCUGGCUUUGGGGAGCUCUCUGGAGGCGCUGAUCAGACGGCCUUCCUGCUGCUGGCUCUGGGCCAGUCCUUCAGCCUCUCCCAGCCUACAGCCUUCCGUAAGACAGUGAGUGAUGGAUUCUUCACACAGAAAAUCCUCCAGAUCGACACGAAAAAGGCAGGAGCCCCAGUCAGGAAAAUAGCAAAGGCUGUGAACAGGCUGUCUUCAGAAGAACUUUAAAAAGCUCAUCAGCAUAAGAAGAGGUGUUUAAAGUCAUUUUUAAAAUCAAGAAAUGCAAAUUAAAACACUUACAAGACAGACCUUCCCUUGCGCUGAACUGGUGAAGAUGAGAAAGCUGGAUGAGGAGGAGAGGGGUGUUGCCUGGGAGACUGGACCCAGCCGCGCAGUGUGCUGGGCGGUGGUCCAGGGAGCUGCGGUCCUGGCCAAGGUAGGUAUUAACUGACCCUGCCACCCAUCUGCUCCGCCCGGCUAUAGCCCAGGGUCACAGGAGGACCCCUACGCAGCUGGCGCUGAGGCAGUGUGGCAUCCGCCCCCCUGCUGUGUAACAAGCCAGCCCACUCACUGGCUUAAACAUGCGACAGCCAUUUGCUUUGCUUGUGAAACUCCCACCUCGGCAGGGUUCAGUGGGGACAUCUUGUCUCUGCCCCAGCUGCAGCAUCAGCUAAGUCAGCUUCCAAGUUGGGGUGACCCAAGAUCGAGGGGUUGGAGUCAUCUGGAGAUUUGUCUACACGUCUGCCAUCAGCGAGGGCCUCGGCUGUGGGAACAGCCGUGGCGUGGGAGGCCUGCAUUCGUUUCCUGUAACUAGCUACUGGGGAGCUUAAAACAACAAAAAUUUACUCCCAAAGUCCUGAAGUGUGGAGUCAAGGCGUCCACAGGGCCGUGGCCCAGCAGAGUGCUAGACGAGAACCCUUUCCUGCCUCGUCCAGCUCCGGGGGCUCCUGCAGUCUCUGCCUGUAGCUGCAAGCCUCUGCAUCCAUCAUAUGCCUCCUCCCGAAGUACGUAACCUUGCUCCUUACAAAGACGUCAUUCUGACGGGUUAGGGUCCACCCUAAUCCAGUGUGACUUAGUCUUAACUUGAUUAAAGCUCCAAAGAUCCUAUUUCCAAAUAUGUUCACAUUCCCGGGUUCCAUGGAGUUUGGACAUUAUUCAGCCUUCAUUAUUCGGCCCCUUCAUGCAGCUGCUUUCCUCCCAGUAUGUGGCUAGGUCCCAAGAUUGAGCGUCUCAAGACAGCAAGGCAGUUUUAUGACUUAACCUGGAAAGCCAUGCAACGUCACUUCCAUUCAACGGGUCUUCUAUGGGACUACUCCUCUAAGGGAGGACGGUGCAAAGACCUGCUCAGGUUCGAGUGGCACACUGAGACAGAGCCAUGCUCCCUGGAAUAGCACACAACAGUUAACAGCAAACACCUGGGGCCACGCAAACAGCACUCAGAGCAGGAGCGGAGAAGCAGGGCUGGAUACAGAGCAGAACGUCGGAUCCGGUGCCUGGAAGCGACUCUGACCUAGGCAGAAAAGCGCCUUCACGCCGCCUCAAAGAGGCCCGGGUUGCUGAUUUGUUGGGUUUUUUUGGUGGGGGGAGGAGGGUGCGGCGCCCCCAGCAGUGGGAGCGCGGAGUCCUAACGGCUGGACCGCCAGGAAAGUCUCCUGAGGUUGCAGUUUUAAAUGACGCUGAAACGUCCGGCCGGCUUCCACCUGGAGCACUGGCCCCGCCAGAGGGCGGCUCGACCCCUCCCUCCCUCCCGUAUCUGGUCAAUCCCGUUAGGCAACGAGAAGGGUCCUGUCCCCGUUGGGGUAGCCCCGCCCCCAGGAGAUUGCCCCGCCCCGCGUCCGGUCCCCGCUCCCGGCAGGCGCACGGAGAGUCACGGUACCUGCUUCCUCGGCACCCUGGCGCUCCCGAGGGUCCAGCUCAGGAGGUCGGCGCCCGCCUCGGUGGGAGCGUCCGCGGUGUGCCCCCUGGCCUUGGCUCCGCAGCCUGUGGAGGUUCGUGCUCCCGGGCCCUCGCCAGGCCCCGCCCUGUCCGCGUUGGCGGAGGGGGCGGUGCCCGAAGAGACCCCGCCCCUAACGUCACGGCCGAGGGGUGGAGCCGGCCCGACGGAAGCGAGGUGCUGCUGGAGAGGCCCGAACAGAGCAGCGGGCGCUCGGGGACUGCUGGUGAGAGACAGCAUGGGCAGCAGCUCGCUGUCCGAGGACUACCGUCUGUGCCUGGAGCGCGAACUUAGGCGCGGCCGCGCGGGCGUGUGCGGGGACCCGUCGCUGCGCGCCGUGCUCUGGCACAUCCUGGUGGAAGACUUCGACCUGCACGGGGCGCUGCAGGAUGACGCGCUGGCGCUACUCAGCGAUGGCCUGUGGGGCCGCGCCGACCUGGCCCCCGCGCUACGCGGCCUGGCCCGCGCCUUCGAGCUGCUGGAGUUAGCCGCCGUGCACCUGUAUCUGCUGCCUUGGAGGAAGGAGUUCACCACCAUCAAGACUUUCUCGGGGGGCUACGUGCACGUGCUGAAGGGCGCACUCUCGGAGGACCUCCUCAUCCAGAGCUUCCAGAAGAUGGGCUAUGUGCGCAGGGACGACCACCGCCUUAUGGUGGCUGCCCUGCCCCCCGCCCGCCAGCUUGUGCAGGUGGCCCUGGGCUGCUUUGCCCUGCGGCUGGAGUGUGAGAUCCUGGGCGAGGUGCUGGCGCAGCUGGGCACCAGCAUGCUGCCAGCCGAGGAGCUGCUGCAGGCACGGCGGGCCAGCGCGGAUGUGGCCUCCUGCGUGGCCUGGCUGCAGCAGCGACUAGCCCGCGAAGAAGAGCCGCCACCUGUUCCCCCCCGUGGCUCCCCGGCCCGGUGCCAGGCCCGGCUGGACCUGUACCGGGACCUGCAGGAGGAUGAGGGCUCAGAUGAGACCAGCCUAUACGGGGGACCCUCGCCAGGCCCCGACUCACCCCCCUCGGAGCUAGCCUGCCAGCCUCUGUUCUGGGAGCAGAGCGCCAGACUGUGGGGUGUGGGGGGCGGGGCCUGGGAGGCUGAGGCCAGCAGCCCGGCCUCGGAGGAGGAGCCCGAGGCCGAGGCCUUCUCCCUCCUCUCACUGCGCCAAGAGCUGCUCAGUCGGCCCGGAGACCUGGCCGCCCCCCAAGCCCCUGGAGCCCCUGAGCAGGCCAGCCCCCCCCGAGUCCCCGAGCCCCCCGGCUACCAGACACACAGCUGCCUGGGCCCUGGCGCCCUCCCCACCCUCUGCUGUGACACGUGUCGCCAGCUGCACACUUCCCACUGUGCCACCCUGGCCACCUGCCGCCCGGGCCACCCUUUGCGCGCCCUGCACGGAAACCACCAGCGGCGCCUCUGGCUGCAGCGAGCCCAGGUGGACACCUUGCUCUACGAUGCCCCUAGGCCCGCCUGGCCCUAGGCCCAGGGCUUUCUGGAGACAUGUUCCGUGGUGCUUUUCUGGGCCUCAUCCCUCCUCAGACCCGGGCCACUGGCCACCCUGCCCCUCCUGCCCCCCAGGGGUGCUGAGCACAGCGGCAGGUCGGGGGGCAUGGAGACUCAACCCCGCUACGUGAGAGGUGGGGGCCGUCUUCCUCGGAAAGCUGCCGGCCCGCCCCCAGGGAGCACCCUCUCCCUCCUCUCCCACCCCUCCCCGGCCCCACCACUGGCCCCAGCGCCGCAGCUCCUGACCUGCUCCCUGCAAGUGCCCAAAGGGGUGCUCCACAGAGGAGUGUCCUUGGGGGCUCAGGUGACCUCAUGAGCCCCGGAGCUUUGCUAAGACCAUUCUAGGGGCUCUGCCAGGUGCAUGGCUGACCCGGCUGAGGGGACCUGGUCCCCCAUGGGUGUCACAGACCAGCACUGAAUGAGCUGAGUGCUGGCCUGAGACCAGCCCCAUGGGCUCCAGUCAGAGCUGGGCGGGGAAGCUGGACCCAAGGACAGAAGAGAAAUGAUCUAGUCUCCAGCCAGAGUGAGUGCCCAAGAGUUCCAGAGAACAGCAGGCGGGAGACGGGGAGCCACGGAGCCCGAGAGGCUGUCACCCCACUUCCGGGUGGAGCGUGGGGGCUUCUGAGCAAUCUUCCUGCUCCAUCUUCCUGCUGUCCGGCUUCGGAAGGCAGGGUGAGGGAUCUCCAAGGCUCCCACCCCAGAGCCCACCUGGGUCCUGUGGUGAAGAUGCACCAGCUGCCAGCUGCCAGCCCGCUCACAGGGCUGGAGGGGGUGGGUCUGCCCACCUGGGCCUGGGGUGGGGCCCGUCUUGUGUGUGGCCCCUCCCCCCACACCUGUCUGUCACGCGAAUCACAACCUCAAAGUACAUUAAAGGACGCUGGAUCCA